AUGAUAGGGCCCACCUUGGAUGUUGCCAAUUUCACCUGUCAGAAAUGCUUAACUAAAGGACACUGGACUUUCCAGUGUACUGGAAAGCGAAAAUACCUUGAACGUGAAUCGUAUACGUCUAAAUUACAGAAAAAGAUCGAUUCUAAAACUAAGGGCUCCUGUGGACUCAAUAGAACUAAAAAAAGGCAGAAAGAUACUGAAGAUUCUAGCUCAACAUCGUCUUCUUCUUCUUCAGAUAUAGACAAUUCUGAGAACUCUUCUGAUGAAUCCAGUUCUUCUCUAGACUCUGAUACCUCUGAAUCUUCUACAGAGAAUUCUUCAGAUUCCAGUAGCACAAGCGACUCCAACACUAGCAGCAGUAGCACUCAUAGUAGCUUGAGUAGUAGUGGCAGCAGUUCGGAGAGCAAAAGCGAAGACGAACCAGCUUCUAAGCAUAAGAGACAACACAGAAAAUGA